CUGUCAUGUGACCGGGAGGUGUCAUGGUGACACCAGUCUCCCCCGUCACGUGACCCGGCCUCCCUCGGUGCGUCGCGGGACUUUAGCUAGUUCCGGUCACGUGCCCUUGCUGCCCAGCUCCCUGGCCGCCCCAUGGACCAGGAGGCGGCGAGACCCUCCUAGUAGCGGCACCGGCAGCGGCUGGACUUAGUGCCCAGCGCCACCCGCCCCUCAUCCCGCCGCGCCCGUACCCGGCGGCAGCAGCCAGCGGCGGCCUGGGGCCCGAGCAGCCGCCCGCACGCACCUUAUAGCCAUCAUGGCAACAUCAUCUGAGGAAGUGUUACUGAUAGUAAAGAAGGUACGUCAAAAGAAACAGGAUGGGGCUCUCUACCUUAUGGCUGAAAGGAUAGCAUGGGCACCUGAAGGCAAAGACCGAUUCACAGUCAGCCAUAUGUAUGCAGAUAUAAAAUGCCAGAAAAUCAGUCCUGAAGGAAAGGCUAAAAUUCAGCUACAGCUGGUACUGCAUGCAGGGGACACAACCAACUUCCACUUCUCUAAUGAAAGCACAGCAGUGAAGGAGCGAGAUGCAGUGAAGGACCUUCUUCAGCAACUGUUACCCAAAUUCAAGAGGAAAGCAAAUAAAGAACUUGAGGAAAAGAACAGAAUGCUGCAAGAAGAUCCUGUUUUGUUUCAGCUUUAUAAAGACCUCGUUGUGAGCCAAGUAAUUAGUGCUGAAGAAUUCUGGGCCAACCGUUUAAGCUUGAACGCUGUGGAUAAUUCUGUGGCACCUAGUAAGCAGGAUGUGGGCAUCUCUGCAGCUUUUCUGGCUGAUGUUCGGCCUCAAACUGAUGGCUGCAAUGGUCUGAGGUAUAACUUAACUUCAGAUAUUAUUGAAUCCAUAUUCAGGACGUAUCCUGCAGUACAAGUGAAAUAUGCAGAAAAUGUUCCACAUAAUAUGACAGAAAAAGAAUUCUGGACACGAUUUUUCCAGUCUCACUACUUCCAUCGAGAUAGGCUGAAUACAGGCUCAAAAGACCUCUUUGCUGAAUGUGCCAAAAUGGAUGAAAAAGGGUUAAAAACAAUGGUGUCUCAAGGGGUGAAAAAUCCACUGCUAGAUUUAACGGCCUUGGAGGAUAAAUCGUUAGAUGAGGGUUAUGGUGUUUCCUCUGUGCCAUCCACAUCAAACGCCUCAAAGUCCUUAAAGGAGAGUAGCAAUGCUGCCAUUAUAAAACGCUUUAAUCAUCACAGUGCCAUGGUCCUUGCAGCUGGGCUCAGAAAACAAGAAGCACAAAAUGAUCACUACAGUGAGACCAGCAGUAUGGAUGGAAAUUCCAGGGAUUCAGAUUUCUUUCAGCCACCAAUAAAAAAGGUGAAGCUACAGGAAGCUAUUGAAUAUGAAGAUUUAGGAAAGAAUAAUAGCAUUAAAACUAUUGCACUAAACCUAAAGAAAUCUGAUCGGUAUUAUCAUGGUCCAACUCCAAUUCAAUCACAGCAAUAUGCAACCAGUCAGGAUAUUAUUAAUUCUUUUCAUAGUAUUAGAGAAGAAAUGGAAGCCUAUGUACCCAGACUAACUCAGGUUCUUUCCAGUGGUGCUGCUACUAGCAGCAUCACAGCCCUGUCACCUGGAGGAGCACUUAUGCAGGGUGGGACACAGCAAGCCAUAAACCAGAUGGUGCCAAAUGAUGUUCAGUCUGAACUGAAACACUUGUAUGUGGCACUUGGGGAGCUACUGCGACACUUCUGGUCCUGCUUUCCUGUUAAUACACCAUUCCUAGAAGAAAAGGUUAUGAAAAUGAAGAGUAACUUGGAAAGAUUUCAAGUUACAAAGCUCUGUCCAUUCCAAGAAAAAAUUCGGAGACAGUAUUUAAGCACAAACUUGAUAAAUCAUAUAGAAGAGAUGUUGCAGACAGCCUACAAUAAGUUCCAUACAUGGCAGUCCCGACGUAUGCUGAAGAAAACGUGAAAACUCCUGCUAUAAAGAUUGGAGAGGGAAAUCUGCAAUAGCUAUAGGAACACAACCUGGCAAAUGUGCAGUUCUGAGAUAUUGCAGGAACAUCUGCAAUCUGUGGAUUCCUGGAAAUGUUCUUAACUGAACUUGCACAUUUUUUGGAAAAGGACCUGUGAUUAAACUUGAAACUAGGGAAAAAUUAAGGAAGAACCAAAACAGACAAGCCGAGAGGCAAAAAAACAAAACAAAACAUGUUUAAGACGCUGUUUACUGCAGUUACUCAGGAACUGCUUUUGAUUUGCGUAAAGAGCUGCUUUCAGAAAUAAACUUUAAAAAGGGUGUAUUAAUAAAAUCUGAAACUGUUUGUCUAAUUUUUCUUAAAUGUGUAUGGCACAGGGUAGAACUUAACAUUUUUCUUCACUGGAUUCUGGCAUUUUAUUGAAUUCUGUUUGUACUUAUUGAAACAGGUUAACAAUGACAUUUUAAAUAUAGCUGAGACUGUUUUUGCUUCAAACAUCUGACAAGAUUAGCUGUCAGAAGACAAGCUUCGGCCAUAUGUUUCCCCACAAACUGGAAGCAACAGACAUUGCACUGAAAGCUGUUUAUGGUUUGGAGUCCCUAAAGGCACGAGUGGGGGAGGGCACACUUUUGCCUUGUGUCUUGGAUUUUUAUGCAGAAUAUUUUCAGCCAUCAAGUUUGCAUGUCUUUCUUUGAAUGCAAGGGUUGCUAUUGCAAUUUUUUUUAAAGUGACAUCUGUUUUGAGGAGGAGAGAAUGCAUUUUCUAAAAUAAAGUUUCUUACUAAAGAACUAGAAGAAAAGUCACUUACUUUCACCUCUUAGAAGAGAGGUUUCUCCUAAAUCUGUUUUUCUCCACUCUUCCUUGUUGACUGUUACACUAUUUUUGGCGAAUUGAUAAUCAUUGCAAAAGAGUGAAAAGUGUGUGGAUACACAAGCUCCUGAGAGAGAUCUGGAAUCUGUGCCAUACUUUGUUCCAAAUAGAUAAACUGUGAGUUGAUCAUAAAAUCUACCUGUCUUGUAUCAAAUGUUUGACUUGGAGACAAAGUAAACCUGUUCUUUAUUAGUAGGUGCCGUAAUGACACACUGUAUUUCAUUGUUUCAUUUUGAUCAUUAACAAGGCCCAUGGUAUGGGCUACUGAGUUUUUGACUUGGGUUAAAUGUGGCUAUUAGAGAAUUAGGAUGCGUUUAAUACAUGAGACAACUCAGAACGACAGUACGUAUUUAAGAGCAAACAGCCAUUCAAAUUGGAGAUUGACUCAUCGGCCUCCAAAAUGGCUUACCUUAGAGAGACAGAUGAGCAUUGGAAUGGUAUUUAAACCCCACCAUAUGUUGUCAGUAAGGGGAUGGCACCUAAUCUUUACAAAGUGUGUGUGUGUGUCACACACUAGCAGAAACUGUCUAUGGUGUCCAUGCUCUACUGCGGCUCCCUUUUGGAGGAGAGGAGGGUAUUCUCAUUGAGUAAAGUAUGUAAGUUACAUGCUUACUGUAUGCAAUUUUGGGGGGGAUUGCAUAGUCUGAUAAGGUUUUUGGUACAAUCAGAAUUUCUGUCCCUGUCUGCACUGAUGAAGCCUUGUUUAGAAAUGUAAUAAUGCAUUGUUAACCUAGCUUCCCUCAAUCUGCCCUUGCAGAUAGGUGCAUGUUAUCUGCUCUGUGGUAACUAAUAUGGUUCUGCUACUACACCGACUGCUGGGUUUAGUAAGAGGAACAGUUUUUCUAACCUUACAUGGUGAAAAGUGUAGUAAGAGGAAGAGGCGGGGGGAGCCAGCUUGCUAAAAAUGCAAUGUGUGCGCUCUGGUAGUAUAUGGUCCUACUGUCUGUAUGUAAAGAGAGUGACCUACUUUUCCACAAACUAAAAGUAAGCCUAAUUCAUCCCUGCUCUAAUUCCAAUGGAUUUUAAUGGACUCAUACCAGGGAGACAUUGACCCACAAUCGUUGUGUUUAACAUUGGACACCUAUCAGUGUUAUAAAUCAAGCUUUUUAAAUAGCCACAAAAAUAGCAGUAUGCUCCAAAAUAAAGAAAAAUUAAGUGGCUUUUUUUAAACUAUAGUACAUUUCUCAGUGGAAAAGCUUUCAUCAGGCCAGGAAUGAGGAAAAUUGAUAGUUAUAUUCUAACUUUCCCUGAAGCUAUGAUAAACUUAAGCAAGAUUGCACUGAAUUUUUUUUUUAAGCAAUCGCACUGUUUUAACAUUACAAAGGUAGGGUUUUGAACAUCAAAUUAAGUGACAUUUAGACUGAAGCAACAGCAUUAACCACUCCUGGAAAUGUUACUGGGCAAAAUGUUUAGUAAGUUUCAGUGCACAUGCACAUGGUCCCUGUACUCUGGGGAAUCCUUGCCUUGCAAUCAUUGUUUGAGGGAGGGAGAUGUUCCCUCUUCACAGGUCCUUAGAUUUACAUAGAUACCAGGGAGCUUGUUGCUACCUAAUGUGUCAUGGAUUAAUAGAACAGGUGCUGUGAAGAAAUGCUGAAAGCAGCAGUUCUGUCCAGGAACAAUUUGAGCUAGGAUGCUAUGCACUUCGCAUAUUGCUCUUUCAAAUACUUUGGCAAUAAAAGAUGCAAGCCCCUCCUAAAGUGAGGGAGGCAGUCACCCUCUCUCCUACAAAUUGAAAUACUCCUUCCUUUAGGAACCUUUCUCCUUUUUUGUCUCCUGACAGCAUUGAUUUCAAUACUUUUGUAGCAUGGUCCAAAAAAAGACCUGAUAAUUCCUUAACUGUUUUGAAACAGAAUCAUUCACUACCUUGCAUUAUAUGCUAAUUGGAACCUUUUAUACUGACUUGUAUUUUUAAAGGAAAUUCAUACAACUUGUAUCACUGGCAUUGAUUCAAAGUAUUUGUAGAAUAAACCUACUGAAUUCUGCA